AAUAACCCAGCGCUCUCUAUCGUAUCUGACUGCGACCAUACAAUGUCUUGCAAUUUGCAGAAAUGCUGCUAUAAGAUCUUAAAUGAGUACUUUGGAGAUAUUGUUGCAAGAGUUGGAGAUGCACUCUUUCAGAAGGGGUUAAAUCCCCUCAGGGUGAUAUGUGCACACACGAAAUUACCGCAUUCUAAGGUUUCAGAGGCCUUAGCAGUGUUGGUGCAGCAUAAUUUAGUAACUUGGGAAGAAUGGCGACCUCAGAUUCCUGGCUAUACUCUUCUCCAUGACAGAAUUCUACUCAUUUUGCGUUUCCCGAGGUAUGUUUACCUCGUCCGAGAGCAGUAUGGAGAGGAAGGAGAGAUGGUUGUUGAUGUCCUGCUGAAAGAGGGCCAAGCCACAGCCUCCAGCAUCAUUAUUACAUCAUGUAUCAAGCUGUACGAAGCUGCUACGGAUGGUAAGAUUUCGGUUGGGUUUUGGCUUUUGUUUUUGAUGCGCUUUUUGUGUUUAGGCCUUUUUCCAUGGUCUACAACUCAGUUUCAUGAAAGUAAUUCUCCAGGUCUAGAUAUGAGUGUUGUAAAGAUAGAGGUAGACAAUGCAUUAGAUGCUAUAGCUGUCUUCCAUUCCAGAAAUGAGUUUGCCAAAUUAUCUGAAAGCCUUUCAGCAAGAAUACGUUACGUCGUGCAGGAAACACAAAGCCAGCUGUUACUCAUCUUGAUGCCAGAUCUGUUGGAGGUGAACUAUGACAAUUUCACAUUGAGUUCCCAUUACAGCCAGACCCUUCUUGAAAUUUCUGAGACAGUGAAAUCAGGAACUGUGUUGUCCCGUGUUGACCCCUUAGCAUGGAGAUCUGCCAUGCUGAAGUGUCCUACACACGCUCUUGACCCUGGCCUCGUCGCUGAACUAUCUGUAUCUGAUAUUUUGAAUCGAGAUGAAGAGAAAGGUUUAGCAAGCCCUGAGGAUAUAGUGGUGCUGAAGAUUGCUCAAAGCAGCACUAAUAGGCUAAUCCGCAAACACCGCAUGAUGGAACAGGACCAGAUUGGGGAACUCAGCAUGAUUGGCAAGAAAGAGGCCAACUUGCUGUCAUACCGGCUGUUGCAUGACAAUUUCUUGCGCAUUCACGAACAGCGCAAAACACUGGCACCAUCCCCUGCGAACAAGAUCAUCUACCUGUUCCAUGUUGAUAUGAAUUCGGUGGUGCGCAUGAUUCUGGAAUGGUGCUAUAAGGGGCUCUACAACCUCAUGGUACAGAGGGAGAUGAGAGCCAAUUACAACCGCAGGCUGUUGGAGAAGCGCACCAGAGUGGACACCAUUGUGGAGAACCUGAAGCAGUCAGGAGGCUCAGAGGAGCAGAUUCAGGAGGUGGAGGAAAUGGUGACCCCAAGUGAACGAAGUCUGGUUGAACAAGUCCUUACAACGCAGGACAAACUCUUUGAUGCCGAAACGGGUCUGGAUGACACGGUCUUCAUCUUGCAAAUGUACUUGUAUUAUCAGAUGCAGAAGGAUUGAAAAAAGGAAAUUGAAGGGUAAUUUCUUUUGUGAUAAUUUUUUUCUCUCUCUAAAGUUGUAUAUAACAUUUUAAUAAAUAUGAAUUAUUG